CCUGCGACGGUGAACGGUCGUUCCGUUUCUUCGCGCUCGUCCCUUUCUUGGUCUCUUCUUCGUUCUUCAAAUUUUUUCAUCUGAAGUCUCGUCUUCACUUGCGUAACUCAGUUUUCCGACCCCUAAUUCCGAUGCAGAGAUCUUUGCACAAAAUAAAGUCUCAACAGGUGUUCUUCACUCGCAGCUGCUGUUUUAUUAAAUUCUGAAGAACCGGAAACUGAAUAGGAGACAGUCUCUCUCCCCAGAUCUGAGGAGAAAGGACAAUGUAAAAGCGCAAGACCAGUAUCCAAAGGAGUCAGUGUUAAUAAGCACUUAGAAGUCAGUACAGUGCAAAUAAAAAAAUUUAAGUUAAGUGUCAAUAAGCUCAAGUGCAAUCCACAUUUCAACGUUUCGAAAUGUCAGUAGCGAGAGGUGCAGCGAGUGUUUGUAAAUUGUGCAGUGAUUCGUGAGUCCAGUUAUUUUUGCUCAGUGAAGUGAUUAAGGCCAGUGGACGGACGAGGAAAAGAAGCAAAAUAAAAAAAAACAGGGGAAUAAACAAAGUUUUUUAGACUAAGUGCGCGAUGGCUUUGCACGCGUGCUCAGUCUCGAACACGGAAGAACGUUGACAUUGUUCGUGACAGCGCAUGGAUACUAAAAGGACCUAAUUAGUGAGCUCGAAGAUGACAGUCACGAUGGAUCACAAACGCAAGACCUCCUGGGACUCCAAGAUGUCAGUGAGCACAGUCAGCACAAGGAGGUUUAGUCGUGCCGGUACACCGAGCUCAAUCCUUUCAUCGGAUAGUGAUAUCCGAUUUACGAGGAAACUGGGAGGUCAAUAUCGUUGUGGUUGCUGCGUGCUUGCCGCCUUUCUACUCUUUUUACUCUUUUCUGGAGUCUCGAUAUACCUCGGUUAUACAUUCCUAGUUUCGGAUCCUCCUGGAGAUCAGGUAUUCUUGGCAACGUUUCGAAUAAUCAAAGGCGAUUAUUUUACUCCCGAGUUAGCUGAUACCUCCACAGAGACAUUUAGGAUACGGUCCAGGGAAUAUCGGGAUCGACUGAAUCUUAUAUUCCGAAGAAGUUUCCUCAAACUCUCCUUCAUCUCUUCUCACAUUCUCGCUCUUGAUGGAGUGGAAGAUAAAUAUCUGGUGAUGCACUUUGAAGUGAGAUUCGAUCCGAGAUUCCGAACAAUUGGAGUGUCGGAUGUAAUCGAUAUUUUAUCAAGAGAAAUCUCACCAUCUACCUCGAGAUAUCUCACCAAUCUGACCAUUGAUCCAAAGAGCCUGGAAGUUCAGGAAAGUCUAAAUGCCCUGAAUGCCCAGGUCGCAUUGCAGACGACUGUAUCCACUAUUCCGCCAACAACUACACCUCCACCUCCCAGGAGAUGUAGUCCCUUGGAACUUUCUUAUUGUAAAAAUUUACCAUACAAUAUUACUUCUUAUCCGAAUCUCAUUGGACAUCAGUCCUUACAAGAGGUCGAGGACGACGUCAUUGCCUUCAGAGAACUGGUGGAUUCUGAAUGCUACAGAUUGGCUUAUGAUUUCCUUUGUCAAGCUUUACAACCAGCUUGUUUCCCAGAAGAUGCUGAAGAUGUUUUGCAGUUACCCUGCAGAAGCUUCUGCAAAGAAUUUUGGUCCGGAUGUGGAAAUCGUUUACCUGAAAAGUUUAAGCAAGCCCUAGAUUGUUCCAAUUUUCCAGAGUAUGCUGAUUACGGAAGCUGUAGACCAAAACCUGGAUGUGUGCAGGCAUUGAAAGAAAAAGCUUUGUCGCCAAGAAUCUGCGAUGGAGUGAUAGAUUGUCCGGAUUUUAAUGAUGAGAGAAAUUGUGCUUAUUGUCGUGAUGGUUACAUGCAUUGUGGAGUUGGUAGAACUUGUAUCCCAAAGAUAAAAAGAUGUGACGGAAAAGUCGAUUGCCCAAAUGGUAGUGACGAAAAAGACUGCUUAACGCUUGCCAAAAGUAUUAGUGCAGCAAAAUCUUUACCACAGGAUACACCUCAUUCUGCUCGAUACCACAGAGAAGGUUACGUAGUUUUUAAUGAAAAGGGUAAAAUUGGAAAAUUGUGUACAGAAAAUUUAAACAAAACCUUAUCACCCAAAGAAGUUGAAAUGGUCCUGCAAACAUCGGCAACAUCUCUAUGUUCCCUACUAUCUUACACAGGAGUCGAGUUUGUGGAAGUAAGAAGGGAUGAAGAAUAUGGAAUUGCUUAUGUUCAGAUGGAGGAUCCUUUAGUAGCAGAAAUCAGUUUUGUAAGAACAUCCUGUCCCAGUAAGGAAGUCAUGUAUGUUCGCUGCGCACCUCUUGAAUGCGGAAUUCAAGCCUUAAGGAAUAAAGGAGGAGUUCAAGGACUAAGUAAAAUGGCAGAACCUGGUGAUUGGCCUUGGCACGUUGCCCUCUUAAAGGAAGAUGUGCACGUCUGUGAUGCUACUCUUUUAUCAGAGAGCUGGGUCAUCACUACAGCUUCCUGUUUCCAAGGACAAUCAAAGGCGGAAUGGUCCGCAAGAUUGGGAACAGUGAGACUCUCAAGUUCCUCACCUUGGCAGCAAGAACGGAGGAUAAUUGGAAUGAUGAAGUCACCAGUUGAAGGAAGUACAGCCGUACUUUUAAAAUUGGACAGCCCAGUGACUGCCUUUUCUGAUUUUGUUAGGCCCAUCUGCUUACCUCCUAAUGAGGGAUCCGUCUCAACAAAUAAAAGUCAUUGCAACACCCUUGGUUGGGCCAGAAAUCGUGAGAUUUUACAGAGAGUACAGUUAAAGCAUAGCGAGAUGGAAAGGUGUGAAAAUAUCAGCAUUGCCUCGGUUAACAGUAUUUGUACCGAAGCGGAAUAUUCCAUGGACGAUUGUAAUGAAGAGGAAGUGGCAGGAAGUCCAAUGCUUUGCUUGCUAGGAGACAAUCGUCGAUGGGCAUUGGCAGGAGUUGGUAGUUGGAGAAUAGCUUGUUCCAAACCCGGAACUGAAAGGCCUCGACUUUAUGAUAAGAUCUCAUCAAAUUUAGCCUGGAUUAAAUCUACGAUUGACUGACUAUAAGUAUAAUUUUUUGGCGAGAAUUCAAUAUUUGAGUUCUUCUAAUUUCAGAAAACAUUCUCUUUUUUAAAUCGGGAUUGUGACAAGAAAUGUUAUCUUUUUCUAUAAAAAUAUAAUCAGCGUUACUUUUCUUUUUUUCUGAAACGUAGGGGAUACCUCUCUACAAUGGAUAACGCAACCUAUAGUGGAUAAUUAUUAAUUUACAACGAAAAUAUACGUAAAAUAAUUUUAAGUUAAAUUUAUUAUCACGCAUCGAUUCUUAACUUUUAAUUAAAUUAAAUUAAUUUUUUAAGUAUAUCGGUAUUUUUAAUUAAUCAUUAUCCACUGAAGGAUUUGUUAUCCACUGUAGAAGCGUCUCUCCCUAUAGGGGUUGCCAUUAAAAAAAGGCGUAACAAACAUUUAUUUGGUAAUAAAAAAAUUGAUUGAAAAAUCAUUAUUGGGAAAAAUGUUUAAAAUACUCCUGAUUACAGUAUUUAUUACGAGUCGAAUUAAUAAGUUAUUAUUGUUCUAAGAUUAUAAUUAUGUUAUUUUUGACCCUGGAAUGCUUGUGGAUUAUAAUUUAGGGAGUCCCUUAUUCCUUCUCAAAUUUUAAUUUCUCUUUAAUAUUUUUGUACAUAUAGAUUAUACGGUUUUGUAUUUGUGCAUCCUAGGGUUGAAAAUUAAAAUCCUAUUAUUUUAGAUUUAAUUUUUGAUACAUUAUUAAAUGUAAUAAUUCAUUUUAAUUUGUUCAAAGCAUAAAAAUAUUGAUAUUACAAUUGUAAAUAAACUGAAACUUUAUUUAAUUCUAUCAUUUUAAUUUUAUUCAUCCCUAAGAAUUGUCAUUGAUUUCGGUACAAUUGAAUCGAAUUUGGAGGAAUUAUAGGGAAAUGAGAAGAAAUCGAUGAAAUUCAUUUUUUUUAAUUCAAAUAAAUUGAAAAUAAAUAAGAAAUAUAAAAAAAUUA